CCGCUGCCGCCGCGCCGGGGCCGCCAUGGAGACCGGCAGCAAGAUGACGGCCCGCCUGAUGCUGGCUGUGGGAGGAGCGGUGCUGGGUUCCCUGCAGUUCGGCUACAACACCGGUGUCAUCAACGCCCCGCAGAAGGUGAUUGAGGACUUCUACAACCGUACGUGGCUGUACAGAUACAAUGAGCCCAUCAGCCCUGCCACCCUCACCACGCUCUGGUCCCUCUCUGUGGCCAUCUUCUCCGUUGGAGGCAUGAUCGGAUCCUUCUCCGUGGGGCUCUUUGUCAAUCGCUUUGGACGGCGCAACUCCAUGCUGAUGUCCAACAUUCUUGCCUUCGUGUCAGCCAUCCUCAUGGGCUUCUCCAAGAUGGCUUUCUCCUUCGAGAUGCUCAUCCUCGGCCGCUUCAUCAUCGGCCUCUACUCCGGCCUCACCACGGGUUUCGUGCCCAUGUACGUGGGUGAGGUCUCACCCACUGCGCUGCGGGGUGCACUGGGGACCUUCCACCAGCUCGGCAUCGUCUUGGGCAUCCUCAUUGCACAGGUCUUCGGUUUGGACUUGAUCAUGGGAAAUGACUCCCUGUGGCCGCUGCUCCUGGGCUUCAUCUUCGUGCCUGCCCUGCUGCAGUGCAUCAUCCUGCCCUUCGCCCCCGAGAGCCCCCGCUUCCUCCUCAUCAACCGCAACGAGGAGAACAAAGCCAAGAGCGUCCUCAAGAAGCUUCGGGGCACAACAGACGUCAGCAGCGACCUCCAGGAGAUGAAGGAGGAGAGCAGGCAAAUGAUGAGGGAGAAGAAGGUCACCAUAAUGGAGCUGUUCCGCUCCCCCAUGUAUCGCCAGCCCAUCCUCAUCGCCAUCGUCCUGCAGCUGUCCCAGCAGCUCUCGGGGAUCAACGCGGUCUUCUACUACUCCACCAGCAUCUUUGAGAAGUCAGGUGUGGAGCAGCCCGUCUAUGCCACCAUUGGCUCUGGUGUGGUCAAUACGGCGUUCACGGUUGUUUCGCUCUUCGUGGUGGAGCGGGCUGGCCGCAGGACGCUGCACCUCAUCGGCCUGGCUGGGAUGGCGGGGUGCGCGGUGCUCAUGACCGUUGCCCUGGCGCUGCUGGACCAAAUGCCCUGGAUGUCCUACCUCAGCAUCGUGGCCAUCUUCGGGUUCGUGGCCUUCUUUGAGAUCGGCCCAGGCCCCAUCCCCUGGUUCAUCGUGGCAGAACUGUUCAGCCAAGGCCCUCGUCCCGCUGCCUUCGCUGUGGCCGGGUUGUCCAACUGGACCUCGAACUUCAUUGUGGGCAUGGGCUUCCAGUACAUCGCGCAACUCUGCGGCUCCUACGUCUUCAUCAUCUUCAUGGUGCUGUUAGUCCUCUUCUUCAUCUUCACCUACUUCAAGGUGCCGGAGACAAAGGGCCGGACCUUCGACGAGAUCGCCUCCGGUUUCCGGCAGGGAGGAGCGGCUCAGAGCGACAAAACCCCGGAUGAGUUCCACAGCCUGGGCGCCGACUCACAGGUCUAACCCUCCGUUCCGGGGCUGAGCUUGGGAACGCUCUGUACAGACCAUGGCGCGGGGCCGUGCGCCCCUGCCCCGGCUCCCCCUGCCCUGCUCCAGCGGGGACGGACUCGACCCAUUUUAUUAUCAAGUUUUAUUUUGUUUU